GCGCACGCUGGCGUUACUCUGAGUUUUCUUUCUUUAUUUUUUGUUGGUGAGGGAGCGCGCGGCAGCAAUGUCAAAGCUAUUUACUUUUUCCUCCCUUUUUUUGCGAUGUCGCGGUUUAUUAAUGUAGUGUUAAUAUAGUCUGUAGUUCAUCACACAUUGAAACACCUAACAUAGCCAGGUUAAAUACAAUCAAGUUAAAUAUAAGUUAUAAACGCUUUCCAAUAAUAUAGUUAGGUUAGGUACUUUUUUAAUCAGAAGUAAAGUUGGUUCUGGCUGCCAAGCACAGUGCAGUUUUUUAGUGCGUUACGAAACAGUCCAGUUCGUCGUUUAGUUUAAUGGUUUACAGGGUUAAUCCACUUUUUUCAUUCUACACUAAAAUAUCCUCGGUUGUUUGUUAGUCAGCUGGCAUUCUUUUGUGGCUGCUGUUCCUCACCACCAUUGUGUAGAGACACAUUUGGAAAAAAGGCGUUUACUGAGCUGCCUUUACACUUUUUUUUUCCAAAAAGAAAGGACAAAAGGGGUGAUAUAUCUGUUGUUUAUUGGAAUAGCAAAAGGAUUUUUAUAUAUAUAUAUAUAUAUAUUUUAAAGUAUUUAUCCAGCUAUCUAACUGUGUUCAUUAGCUAAGUGUCCUCGUGUGUCUUAUUUUUUACUUCCCCGGAAAAGCGGGGAGCUGUGGUUUAUAGGUUUAUCCAGCAGGCCGGUUUUGUCUAAGCAGUAUAAUGAUCAAGUGAAUAGCUAAGCUAGCCUGGCUAACAUCAUGUUAUAUAGCUAACUACAGAUGUUUUAAAACUAGUUAGCUCAGUAGCGAGAGAUUUCCCAAUUUACCCUUUCGAGUUGUUAGCAAGGUAACUUAUUUAAUAGUCAAGAGGCUUACUUUGUGAAACUAGAACCGCAAUAGUUAGCUAACUUAAGGUUUAGCUAACUAGGUUAGCUUAUCUGCCGGUUAUGUGCUAGCAGGCUAGUUUAGCUAACAGGCUAAUCCACAUGGCUGUUUUAUUCUGUUUGGCACAAAGCAGAUAAUCUAGAAGCUAGCCAGACUGCCUUGUGUCUAACUGGGGGUUUAAACAGAAGUUAUUUUUUAUUCCUUCGUUUGUCGCCAGCUAGCCCUCUAGCUAGCUGUGCCGAAUGCUGCUUUGUGUCUGCCGUACUAGCCUUUAGCUAGCCCCCGCUAGCCGCUCCCUCAGCGCCGCUCCAGACAUGUCGAGCGCUCCCGGCGAGGCGGCCCUCCUGCUGAAAGACGUGAAGCCCGGAUCUAAAAACCUCAAUAUCGUUUUUAUAGUUUUGGAAAUCGGUAAGUUGAGUGGUCGGGUGACCAAGACAAAGGAUGGUCAUGAAGUUCGCUCCUGUAAAGUGGCUGAUAAAAGCGGCAGCAUCGCCAUCUCCGUUUGGGAUGAACUAGGCAGCCUCAUCCAGCCAGGGGACAUUAUUCGCCUUACUCGAGGUUAUGCCUCCAUUUGGAAAGGAUGCCUUACUCUGUACACUGGACGAGGUGGAGACCUGCAGAAAAUUGGAGAGUUCUGUAUGGUGUACUCUGAAGUUCCUAAUUUCAGUGAGCCAAAUGCAGAGCUGCUAGCCCAAGCCAACCAGCAAAACAAGACGGGUAAAGAACAGCGAGGAAAUUCUCCGCCCAAUCAAAAUGUGGGUACACCUGUACAAGCAGGAAACGGUGCUUUGCAGACUUUUCCUAACAACGCUGCCCCUGCACCCCCUAACUUCGGGACUCAGGGAAGAACAAACGGACGUGGCAAUGGCCCUCCUUCAGUGACUGUAGGUGGAACUCCUGCCCCACCCAAACCAUCUGUCACAAUUAGCAAUGGCAGGGACCCUCGUCGCGCGUCAAAGAGAUGAGACUGAUUGUGAAAUCACUGUCCUGCCACUCUCCCCCCCCCCCCCCACGCCAGGCACAGCCUGAAACUGCAAUACUUCUGCAAUGUAACUGCCAAACAAGGGAUACAGAGUCUACUACAGUUGGAUCUAGACUUUGGCCUUUUUUCAGCUAGGACUGUAUAAGCAAACAAUGACUAACAGUUAUGCCAAUUUUUUCAUUCUUCUUUUGCGCCCCCAACGCGCAACCCCACAUCCUCAUACUUUCUCCAAGUGUGUUUUAAAACUAUACACCCUACUUGAACACUUGAUGCACUUUCUUCAGCUAAUUUAUAGUAAACACAUUUACUGUUGUGUAAUUCAGGAAUGGUUAACUGCUGUUUGCAACAACUCUGCAGGCGGAACCUGGUGGCUGCUUUUUUUUUUUUUUUUUGUGGGUUUUGCCCAUUGGCCAAAAAGUACCAAAAGUGACUGUGUUAAAGGACAGGUGAUGGUUUGAUUCUGACUCGUAGUUUUAUUUAAUUAGGAAUAAAAAUAGAAAUUAACAAAUGUGGAUAUUAAAA